AUGUUUGUUGUCAUAUUUAUUUAUUAUUUAUUGCUAUUUUGGUAUGUAUGUAUCCUUUUACUUAGUGUCAUAUCUUCUUUUUUUACUAUAGGUUCAAUUUUUUCCGACGGUUGGAUUGAAGCCAAUCGCAGUUACAGAGAUACCCUCGAGCUGCAGCACUUCAACGGCAUUGAAGGACUAAUUCCUACAGGAAAGCACGAACCAGCCAUUGGUCACGUCUUUCGGCCUUUCCAGCUACAUCAGCUGACAUGGUGUGACAAAUGUGGCGAAUUCAUUUGGGGAGUUUACAAACAGGCGCUCCGAUGUCAAAUCUGCCGAUACACGUGCCAUUACAAAUGCCGUUCGCUUGUCACGUUGGACUGCGCAUAUGCUUCUGAGACGACCUCGUCUUCCAUUCCUACUGAAAUUACUUAUCUCCAUCCGUCUGACUGCAGCGACGCAAAUGGCUUUGCAGGAUCUUCGCAAAACGUUAGCAUUGCGCUACUGACUGCUGCAGCUGAUUUUCAGGACGAAAACGGCGUAUCAUUCCACGGAUUCGUUCGUCUGUUGAUUAACUUCAGCCGGCCUGUGAACACCGUAGAUUGCUUCAACGAUUCGUCAACCUGCUACCUGGUCGACGACAGGGUGGCCGAGAAAACGGACCAAAACGGAACCACCAAUUCCCGCGGUACCCUGACGUCGUUUUACCUGCCUCGGAACUCGGUGAAGCUGCUUCACAUCACCAGCGACACGACUACACGCGAGAUGAUCGUAUCGCUGCUGAACAAGUUUCACAUAGCGGAUAACCCGCGUAAAUUCGCGCUAUACGAACGUACGGGACACUGUUUAUCCGGAUCUUCGUCACUCAAAUCGUUACUUAUCUCUUUAGCCAAGCUUCGGCGCAUUCCCGACGACGCAUGCCCGUUGCGAAUCGCUCUGCUGUGGGAAGGUCUGCCAGAACGGAACUUUGUUUUGCAAGAAAACGAGACCGGGGAAAUAAUCUGGGAAUCGUUCGAGAUUCCAGAGCUACAGAAUUUCCUGCAGAUUCUGGACAUCGAAGAAAAGCAAUACACGGAACGGAUAAAAAAGUAUUACCAGCGCUAUCGUUAUUUCUUGGAAAUGGAAAUCAUUGAAAGGCUUGGACACUCAACUGUAGAGCAGCAGUGGCAAGGUUCCCUAAAAUGGUCAUCUCCUUUCUUGACGGAGACUGGUGACAUUGUUAUGAACUGCUGCACAUGA